GUAGCAUUAUCGGGUCGACCCGAGCCUAUCCGGCUAUAUGUGGGGGGCCAUUCCGAUCUAAGCGUUCCUUCCAUUCCGAUUCCGGCCGGGCGGAGAAGGAGCUACCUACCAUUAUCUAUGCCAUUAUCUACAACGACACCUCAUCCAUGAGAGAGGGAAUGGAUUCUAACUGCUUUUUUUAUAUAAUCUCGCAUUCAUAUUCAUAGAACUUGAUUCAAAUCCAACUACUCUAUCGGCUUAACCCCUGAAAUGGAGGCUUAUCAGUUAACGGCAACCGAAGCUCUCACCAAACUUAAGGAUGGUUCAUUAACGGUUGAAGAGUACGCGCGUUCGCUACUCGCGCGCAUCGAGGAAAGAGACGCAGCUGUUCAGGCUUGGGCGUACCUUGACCCCGAUUAUGUGAUCGAGCAAGCAAAGCAACUUGAUUCUAUACCGCCGGAAGAGCGAGGUCCCCUACAUGGCGUAGCCGUCGCAGUUAAGGAUAUCAUGUAUACUAAAGAUAUGCCAACACAGCACAAUUCCCCAAUCUACGAAGGUGAUGAACCGAAACUUGAUGCCGCGUCCAUCAUCACGCUACGCCACGCGGGUGCCUUGAUUCUUGGUAAAUCAACUACGACGGAAUUCGCGUCGAUUACAACGGGACCGAAAACAAAGAACCCUCACGACGUAACACGCACCCCCGGUGGCUCUUCCUCCGGAUCUGCGGCCGCCGUAGGAGAUUUCCAAGCACCAAUCGGAUUGGGCACGCAGACAGGUGGAAGCACCAUUCGUCCGGGUUCAUUCAAUGGCAUCUAUGCUUUCAAGCCUACGUGGAACUCUAUCAGUCGUGAGGGGUUGAAGGUGUACUCCCUCAUCCUCGACACGAUCGGCUUCUUCUCUCGGAGUGUAGACGACCUCCAACUGAUUGCCGACGUCUUCGAACUCGAGGAUGAUGUCCCUCCGCCUAGAGAAUUCUCGAUUAAGGGGUCGAAAUUUGCGGUUCUGAAAACGAUGAUAUGGCCACAAGCAGGUCCCGGCACGAUUGCCGCAUUGGAAGCUGGCGCAAAGCUGCUGAGAGACCACGGGGCAGAGGUUGAAGAGAUUGAAUUACCUCCCGAGUUCGACAAGUUGCCGGAAUGGCAUAGCAUAGUGUUGCGCACUGACGGACGACCAACCUUCUUGUCCGAGUACCGCAUUGCUAAGGAUAAACUAGCACCUAUGCUAGUUGAUCACGUCGAAAAUGAAUCUAAGGUUUCACGAGCCGCUCAACUAGAAGCAUUUGACAAAAUUGCUUCUUUAAGACCUAAGAUUGAUGAGAUCGCCAGCAAGUAUGCUGCUAUCCUUACACCGAGUGUGGUAGACGAAGCUCCCGCAGGUACGGAAACUACAGGGAGUCCGGUUUUCAAUGCUAUUUGGACGGCCCUCCAUACACCCGUAACGAGCAUUCCUGGAUUUAAGGGGGAGAACGGGUUACCGGUGGGCUUAUCGUUGGUUGCGCCGAGAUACCACGAUAGACACCUGCUGGAAGUCUCUAGAGCCGUAGGGGAGAUAUUUGAAGCGGAAGGCGGAUGGAAACGGCAGGUAUACCAUUAAUCAUGCAUUUAGUCUCUUGAGUUUUUGUUCACAAUCUCCUUAAUGGAUUAGUUGGGUCAAGACACCUUGGAUGGCGGUGGCUAUCGAUAUUAAGUCAGCUUCAUCACAUAGGUACUUUAGUGUAUAUCGCAUCACCAUCACGAUUAUAUUCUUAAUCUACCAUGACUCAGAAGUGAGUUUUAGACCUCUUUGGGCAAAUUUGACAUGUGCAAGAAUAGAUUUCAGUUAUUAA